AUGUCUGACGUUAAAAUUGAGAUAGAGCGUCCACAUACUGGAGCAUUUACCAACAAUGAUAUUAUCAAAGGGACGGUUACAUUGGUGGUGACAAGAGCAAUUUCAUUAAACUGGAUCCAAGUUAAACUUGAAGGUGAAUCAACAACACAGCUUUCUAUUCCCAAAACUAACGGUAAAAAGGAAAAGGAAAAAGUUAUUCAAGAUGUUCAUAAGAUCCUUUAUGAUAGUUCUAUUGUUUUCCCACCAGACAAUAUUCGACAAGUAAGUCAAGCAAAAGAGUUUACUCUUGCUCCCGGAAAUUAUUCUUAUCCGUUUCAGUUCAAGAUCCCCAUGAAUAAUUCAUGUGUUUCAAGGGGUGGAAUUACAAAUAAGAUACAGAUCAAUAAAAACACUCUUGAUGUAAUGAUAAACAAUGGAAAUUUUAAUAGCGACUUUGUGAGGCACAAAGCUCAACAAUACUACCAAGAGUUUGUUGCAGGACCUAAUGGAGUAACGCAAAAGAAUCCCUCCCAAUCCCAACUUCCGUAUCACAUUACUUCGCAAUUACCACCUUCCAUUUCAGGUAUGGGAAAUUUUGCAACUAUCAAGUAUUACGUCAAGGUCACGUGUAAGAGAUCAUCGAUAUUCAAGGUAAACUUGCGUUCGUUUGAGCCGUUCACAUUUUUACCAUUGGAAACCGAUCCUCCAAGUAAUGAAAACGAGGAGGAGCUGUACAAAGAGGUGUUUGUGCGCAAGGAGGUUAUAUUCAAGAACAGAAUUCCUAGUAUCGUCGGUGUUGAGGUUCCACCCGGAGCCAAACCACAAGUUCAGCGAGUACCAUCCCAGUUGGCACAACAAAUACUACCGAAGAAACAAGGGUUUUUCCAACGAUUGUUUUCUACUGAUUCGUCGUCCAACAUCAAUUACAGCAUUCCACAACCAGCACCAAAUAAACAAUCACUGACGUUCAAAUAUCCAAAGAUCACGCCUGUUGAUGUUUCAUUUUCUUUUGAAGUUAGAUUCAGACAUCCUACAUUAUUAACUCCAUCGAAAGUAGCACCGUUUAAGUUAUUCCUCGUGUCACCUGUGAACCCAAGCACUUAUUCUUUGCUGAAGUAUGGUGAGCCCGAGGAGUCCAAUGGAUUGGGGGUGGUUUACUUACAGUAUAUUGCGGUCAAUUUAAUAUCGACCACAGCUGUAUCAGUUGUUGAGAGUGAUUCAGGAACUAGUGAGUACCAUAUGGGUACUAAUGUGCAAACGAUUCCCAUAUGCAAUAAUAGCUACCCGAAUUUGAAGUUUGAUUUGAUGGAUGGCACUCGUAAUAGAAAUUCCCUGAUUUCAUCGUCAAAGGGGGGUAGUGGUAGAGGUGUUUAUGAAGUGGAGAUUCCAAAAAAGUUGUUUGCUAAUUGUGUGAUACCAGACCAUGUUGCUCCUAGUUUCAGAACAUGUAAUAUUGGGAGGUCGUACGAUUUACUCAUCAAGGCUGGUUUCACUGCAGAACCAUUACAAGACGAUGGGUCGUCAACUGCUAGCUCCAAAAGGAUUAAAGAAGUUGAGUUGAAGUGCUCCAAUAUUAAAGUAUCAAGUGGGCUUCUAGUUGAUAAUAUGCAACAAAUACUCCAGCGACUCAAUGAAUCUACUCCUCCUUUACCUGACAGGAGAUAUUCACCUCAUGACUCCAUUGCCGGGGACGAUUUUACCAAUGAAAUAGAAGAUAAUUCAACGUUACCGAGCUACGACGAUGUUGUAAGAGAAGAAGAUAACCAAAGUGCGAGAAGAAGAUAUCAAGCAUGA